UUCGUACGAGAAUGACUUGGCUCACUAACAGAAAAAUUAAUAUUGUAACUGUAAUUUUCGCAAUAUCUUGCGUAUUUGAGAAGUCUGCUUCUAAGAAUAUAAAUUUUACAAAUAUUGACGAACAUACAAGUUUAGAUAAUUUAAAUUAUUCUUAUGCACCGAAUGGAACAGAAGGCAAUGCAAACGUGGACACUAAAAAGAUCAGAAUUGUUGCUCAGUCGAAUGAAACAAAGUUAAUUAAUAUCACCCAUGAAAUUGCAGGUAAAGUGAUGAAUAUUUCUACUAUCGAAAGUCUUGCAAAGAAUAUUUCUAACAUAAGUUCCCUUCUGAUGAAUUCCUCAAGCGGUUCUAUGGAAGAAACAAAUAGUUUUUCAAAUCUUGGAUCUCAAACCAUGAAUUCCUCAAGCGGUUCUAUGGCAGAAACAAAUAGUUCUUCAAAUCUUGGAUCUCAAGCCAUGAAUGCCUCAAGCGGUUCUAUGGAAGAAACAAAUAGUUCUUCAAAUCUUGGAUCUCAAGCCAUUAAUUCCUCAAGGUUCUAUGUUAGAAACAAAUAGUUCUUCAAAUCUUGGAUCUCAAGUUAUGAAUUCCUCAAGCAAUUCUGUAGAAGAAGCAAAUAGAUUUUCUAAUCUUAGCUCUCAAGCGAAUACUUCUUUAGAAGUAAACAUAUCUCCGAACUUUAGCUCACUUAUGAUGAAUCAUUCAGGCAGUCCUUCAGAAGAAACUGGAAAUACAUUUAACAACAUGACGAUACAAGUAGGAAACUCUACGUAUAUGAAAGAAUCAGCCGAAAACGACUCUAAAGUAAAAGAUUCAAUGUUUAUAACAAGUAAUUUUAGCAUACAAAAUGAAAACAUUUCCCAAGAUUUCAGCCAAAUGAUGCAAAACAUAUCAAUUAUUGUUGAUGUUUUUAAUAAGGAGAGUAUACAACUUAUGAAUGCUUCCAGUCAUGAAUCUGAAGAUGUAAAGUUACAUUUAGAAGCUAUUUUUAAUGAUAAUUUUAAUAUGAAAAUAGAAAAUGUUUCCAGCAAUAUAAGUGUAGAAAUUCAGACCAACAUGACUAACAAUUCCAACAUUGAAAUUGCUGAAGAAACUAUGAGUAUGAGAGCCAAAAUAAUCAUGAAUGAUGAAGAAGCCAUUGAAUUCUUAAUUAAACAAGCGAUGGAUCCUUUAAAAUGUUGGAUAACUUCUUAUCACAAUAUCACAACACAUGAAGAAUUAAAUGAAGGAAAUGAUACUGAAAAACACGUGAAAUAUUAUCUUAAAAUUUUAAAUGAAAGCCCUUAUAAAAAUAUGGAUUGGAAAACACUUGCUAAGUUGGGAAGAGCGAAAAAGUUUAUGCAAGACAGAUAUUGGCACGGAGGAAUCAUUCCAUAUUAUCUUAGAGGACUUUCUAAGAAAUUUUGGAGAAAACGAUAUCCUCUGAUGGGAUUUUUAGGGUUGAAAAGAGAGUUUGCUGAAUCCAGAAAUUACAACGAACUUCAGUAUUAUUGGACAAAAUGGAACGAUAUUACUGGAAAGUCGAUGAAAAACAAAUUUUUAACUUAUAUUCAAGUUAAUAAAAUUUAUAACAGGAAAAGGAGUGGACAAGAAUCGUUGUUUAUCAAAGAACAAGAUAAUUUAAGAGUGAAAAUUGAUAGUCUCUAUCAAGAAAUGUUGCCUCUGUACAGAAGGUUCCACUCUUACGUGAGGAAACGAUUACUGAAAAAAUACGGACAUAGAAGAAUUCAUAGAAGUGGUCCCAUACCAGCUCACUUGCUAGGUGACAUAUCUUCACACGACUGGACGAACAUUGAGAACUUAUUGAGACCAUAUCCUAACAAAACUGCAUUGAAAAUAUGCAAAAAUGUUAAAGAAGGAAAUAUUUCUGCUAAGGACAUUGCUGAAAUAGCAGAAGAUUUUUAUGCAUCUUUAGGUUUCAAUAAAUUGGAUAAGAAGUUCUGGAAUAAUUCCGUAUUCGAAACUUUAUCCAUAAACUGCACUAAUUCCCUGUCUGUUAUAUGUGAUGAUGAGUCGAUUGGUUUACACGCAUGUUAUGACCCAGAUUGUUAUUACUUCGCCAUGUUUCAUUGGACUACUUUGGCUCACCAAUUGAAACACAACAUUACUCUCAGUCCAGCAAUUUCAGAAGCACUAUCGAAUACCAUAAUUCUAUCGACUACAAUGCCUGGAUUUUUAUAUCCAUCUGGAUUAUCAAAUAUCAUGAUUUACGACAGACAAGACGAAAUUAAUUUCUUAAUGGAAACGGCUUUGAGAAUAAUUCCAUCAAUGAUGGACUCGUUAUCGGUUGGUCUGUGGAAAAGAAUAACCAUGGAAAAAACUAAAUUUAAUAGACAUAUGAAUGAGAAUUUUUGGAAACACAGAUUGUAUUAUCAAGGUUUAUGUCCUCCAGUGGUUAGAAGCGAAAGAGAUUUUGAUGCAGGAGCAAUAAAGUCAAUUGCAAAUGACUUAGAUACUAUGAAAGACUUUCUAAGUGGUUUCCUCCAGUUUCAAAUUUAUAAAAGUUUAUGUAAUGCUUCAGGACAUAGAGAUGCUCUUCAUCGUUGCAAUCUUCUGAAUUCCAUAGAAGCAGGAAGACGAAUCAGAAAAUUGCUAACUCUUGGAAAAUCUGUUACCAUUAAGGAUGCCCUUUCUGUACUCACUGAUGGUAACGAAGAGAUUACAUCAGGACCAUUGAUCGAAUACUUUAAACCUCUAUACGAAUGGUUCUUGAAGCAAGAAGAAUUUGAUGAAAUCGGUUGGGAAAGUUACGAUGCAACCGUUUGUCCCAAAUGUGCCUUUUAAGAUUUCGUUUCUUGCUAAUUUGCAUAAUUAAGCAGCAGCUGCAGAAGUUACGCUCAGUUAAUAACCCAAAUUCAAUAUAAUCAUCCUUAAAUUUAGCAUAAUUUAUAUAAUUUCUAUGUUAUUUUUCUUAUGUAUACAAUAAAAACUGUCUAAAACGGACUAACGGUCGAGUAAAACUAUAAAUUGCCUUAAUGGAACGUAACUCUUCAAACGGAACCAUCCAAACUGUCAGCAUAAACUUAACUUCAUUAAUAUUCAACAUAUCUUAUUAAACUUUUAAAGGAAUUACAUAACUUUUUUGAAGAAAUUUACUGAGGAACAAAAAUAGCUCAUAAAG